UGACGUCAUGCGUUCGGACAGAGCCGUGACCCUGCUGCUCUGGCUAAUGCUAAAGGAUCGUGUCAGCAGAUGUUGCGCAUGAAAUACCAGCUUUUUAUGAACGCACCACAUCUAACGACAGUGUCGUAGUGUCGGGCAGAGGUAAACACGGUGGCAGCAGCAUUUCUCAUCAGCGACUGUCACUCUAAAGCAGCACAUGUUUGUGUUUUAAGUUUACCGCAGCUAGCUGGCUGGCUAGCUAGCUAGCUAACUUCAGCCCCAUUUUUUCCAGCUAAUCAAAAGUGAAAGAGGAACAGGAGUGACACCCUGUGCAGUGUCUGUCCACAUUUAACUCAGUCCAGGUAUCAACUUAAUUUCCCCAUACAAACAUGGUCGCCUCCCGGGUUUAGCAGCAGCUUGACCAGCUUGACCUUCUUCAUCAUGGACUCUUGAAGUCUCCGGGUUUCAGCGACGUAUCAGGUCGCUUGUGGUUGUUUUGGACCAGAGGUCACUGUUCAGCCUACAACCUGUCUGACCUUCUGAGCAAGAGGGAGCGAGCAGAUGGGGAACUGCUGUCACGCUGAGAGUCCCUGUAGCAGUGCGGAGGAAAGAAGCGUCUUACUGCGAAAUGACGCAAAGGCCACGGUGCCCACAGGUGAAGGAGUUAUGGAGGGAACGGUUGGUCCUGAUGGAGAUGAUGACAUGAGGAAAAAUCAAGAUAAGACCGAUAUAAAGAUAGAUGAAAAGGCAGAGGAAGUGAAAGAGAAGCAGAGUCUUGAGAAUGGAGAGAUGGAGCCCAGUAACACUCAGGAGAAUGGACCCUUGGUGAAGGAAGCCAUCAAAACAGCAAAAGCUUCUCCCUGCGAAGGAAACUCCAUAAGAGCACAAGAUGAAGAAAUGACGGACCCUCCAGACAGCAGUGAGAAACCUGGACUUCUGCAAUGCACUUUAGACUCCCUUCAGAAAACAAAUACAGCAACCCAUUGGGAGGGUUUUCCAGAAACAAAUGCAGUGCCAGAAGUAAAUCUAGCUUCUGUGCAGGACAAAAUCCCAAGCGAAAUUUCUGCUGAGUCAGUUUGUCCUGAAAAGCCUUCACAUACAGAGAUGACCUCAGCAACACAGCACAUUACAGUUUGCACCUCUCAAGAUGUUGAAGAAGAAGUGGGCUCCAAUGUAAAGUCUGACAAUGCCACAACCAAGUCGUUAAUGGAGUUUUCUCAAAAUGGUGAAACGUCACUGGUGCCAAACACCGCAGCAGCAGCAGCAGGUCAGGUGGUUCCCAUCGCUGUGGUCAGUGAGAAGAAUAACGAAGAUGCUUCCAGCCAUGCCGUGACGGAGGAUUCAGACACAGGCAGUUGUUCAGUGUGUGAGCAGGCUGGUCCUGAAGUCAUAAAAAGUGAUGAUGUCCCUGAGUCUCCUCCUGCAACAGAGCCCACAGAGAGUCAGAGUCCACGACUUGACCACAAUGGUGAAAGGAGAGAGUCUGCCAACUCUGUCAGGGAGUCAGCGACCACAGCUUUAACAGACGCCAUUGAGAGCAGGAAAAGUAUCAAAAAUGGGUCACCGUCCAGCACAAAGCCCGAUCAGAGAGCAGAACCAGAUCCUGAGGAGUUGGCUACGAGCCUGAAGGAGAUCACUUCCUUGGAAAAUAUCAGGCAAGAUGUUGGAGAGGAAAUGUUACUGAAAAAGCAAGAUGGAGCUGGAGAUGCUCCUAAAGAGGAAGAGAAGGAGGAUGUCAUGGAGGUGGCAGUGGAGGAGAACACUGCCUCAGAGACAGUGGCUCUUGUUGCGAAGGAUGCUGAGACACAGGAGGUCACUUGGAAAGAGGAGCAGCUGGAUGAGAGCACAGCCACUGAUGUGAGGGUUGAAGUGGUUUCUGUUACAGAGAAGGAAGACUCCACUGGAACCCACCUGGAGAACAGUGAAGAAGACUUGUACAGAGCGGCUGAGGAGGUGUCAGUGUCACACAACGACAAACCAGGACCUCAGUGUGUGUUGGAAACUUCACUUUUAAAGGUGGAGGACAGAUGCAGUUUGGCUCCGGCCUUGGAUAUUCUGUCUUACAGCGAGAGAGAGUGGAAGGGAAAUACUGCCAAAAGUGCUCUCAUUAGAAAGGGUUACAGAGAAAUGUCCCAGAGGUUCAGCAGCUUGAGAAGAGUGAGGGGAGACAACUACUGUGCACUCAGAGCCACACUGUUCCAGGUGCUUUCUCACAGCACACAGCUUCCUUCAUGGCUGCAAGAGGAGGACUGUACAAUGCUGCUGGAGCAACUGGAGGCACAGGAAGGUCUGAUAAGUCAGUGGACAUUUCCUGGAGCGUGUCUGCAGGGAGAUGGGACAGGAGACGUCACCCAGCAGCUAAAAAGCUACAUGGAUCUUCUCCGAAUAAAGUGGCGAGCGGCUGUGGACUGCGCCUCAGCCAUGGAGCGGCAGCAGCUGUGUGAGCGAGUGUUUCAGGGGGGAGAGCAGGAGUUUGGGCUGCUGGAGGCGCUCAAGCUGCUGAUGCUGGGCAGAGCGCUGGAGCUGCACGGCUGCAUGCAGGGCGGCGGAGACGUCCCACUCUUCUGCUGGUUGCUGUUUGCACGGGACUCGUCCGACUGCCCGCGCUCCUUCCUGUCCAACCACCUCAGCCAUGUGGGCCUCAGCGCCGGACUGGAGCAGGUGGAGAUGUUCCUGCUGGGCUAUGCCUUACAGUGCACCAUUCAAGUUUACAGACUGUACAAGGCCGACACCGAGGAGUUUGUCACCUACUACCCGGACGACCACAAGGACGACUGGCCGUCGGUGUGUCUCGUCACAGAAGACGACCGUCACUACAACGUACCCGUUGUAGAAGCUGCAGAACUCCGCGAGGAGCUCGACUCGAGCUGAUGCUGCAGCAGAAGAAUCUCCUGACAUACAAACACACAACUCUCCUCAGGUUGAUCCAUAUGAAUAGAUUUACACCGAAUUAAAGGAGUAGUUCAACAUUUAAGGGAAGAUGCUUGCUUGUCCUCGGGCUGGUGAGAAGACGGCACUCUCCAGCGGGAAAUAUGCGGGUCUGAAAAGUUCUCCAGGAAAGGCCUUAGAGGGCAUUAAAAUACCUUCCAGUUGUAACAUGGCUCGACUCUAACGUGGUUAGGGCUGUUUUCCAUUGCUAUAGUAACCGUUUUGACAUGGAAAGAGUCGUCAUAGCUCAGCUGCACGAAACUGUCGUGACGUCAUUUUAUACACAACACAAACUAGCGAAGAUUAAAGCGGUUGUUUUCGGUGUUACUGAAUCAUUAGAAUCAGUUUAUUAAUUAGUUCAGUGAUCCCUGCAUGACCCGGCGCACGGACUCCGUCUGACACAGUCGCUGAACUGAAAUACGGGAAUGAACAGGCUUUUGGCAGUGCUGUUGCUAAAUACACCAGACUCCUGUUAAAUAUUGACAUUUCCUUUGCUAAAUGUUGGAGAUUAACACUGAUCUACAGUAUUGUUUGGUUUGAUUUACCUGUGAAGCCACACUCCAAAACGUUGCACUGAGCCGAGUUGUGCUGAACUGUAGUGGAAAAGUGCCAUAUGUAGCCUUUAAUUAGCAUUUUUUACAAUAAUUGUGGGCUAUUGUAAAAACACGAUGGUCUAAAAGAGCUGAGUCAUAUCCUGAUAUACAAUAUAAAAGGCUGAGGUUCUGAGGUAAUGAAACAACAACAACUCAUACAAUCAUACAAGUGAAUUUGGAAAAAGUUUGGGAUAAAAUAAUUCCACCUACAUUUUGUACUUACAAUGGAGUAAGUGUGAGUUAGCACAAUAUUCAAAGUUGUGUUUUUCGCACAGCUGUGGUCACUGGAACUUCACUUCACUCACAUUACUUGUUCAAAGAUACACAUCCGGCAACUUCUCACCUCGGGCCGUUGGUCGAGCUAACAGCGUUCAUGGCCAAGUGCGAUCAAACGCCUCCAGUGGAUUGUGUCAAUCUUCACAAUCUACCUUCUCGUACUGGGACGUUAAACCGUCCUCCAUUUCAGAUACAACGCCAGGACGUUUGAAGAAUCUCUGUUAAAGGGCUGUGAAAAGAUUGCAUCGUACAGAUACUUCAUCUCGAGCAACUGAAUCAAACUUUAGUGUAUUUGCAGCGUAGAUUUUGCGUCGUCCAGCAUGACUGACGAGGAGUUUGCGUCCACUCGCUUCUCUACUGUGAUCAUGAGUUCAAUUAAAAUGACUGAAGGCUGACUUUCUUGCCUUAAGACCGAACUGAGCUUGGAGUCUGUAACCUAAUCCGUGUGUUAAACUAAGCUGACAGGCUGCCGACAGUAUGUUCAUAUCAUUCAGACACGAGAGCGCGAUCGAUAUCUUCUACCUCUGUGAGAAAGCAAACAAGCAUAUUUCCCCCCCAAAAAUGUUGUCGUCAUUCUUUUAAAAGAAAUAUAAGCUGAUUCCGAGACCCUGUACAAGUUGUGGUUUACACACGUUUUGUACACACUGUACUGUAUAAAGAGUUUUCUAUUUAUACACAUGUACAUACAGUAAAUGUACAGUGAAUGCAUCUAAUAGUGUGGGGGUCAUUUCCAUUGAGUAGAAAUCAUUUCUAUGGUGUCAUUUUAUGGAGAAGAAGCGCAGGCUUUUUAGGUUUUACACUUUUCUUUUCUAAAAUACUGAACUAAAACAGUCACGCAGCCAUCACUGAUGAAAUCAUUAGAUGUCUGGUGUUUACACUGGAAUUUUGGCACUUUUUUUAUAUGUUAUUUAUUUGUUUUCUUUAUGCCCCCCCCAAAAAAAAGUGUGGCCAUCAUCAGUGAAAUGGCUGAAUUUGUCUGUAGUCAUUUAUCAGGUUCGCACAGCGAUCAGAGGAGUUGUACGAUUAAUCCCUGUCUCUGUGUCAGAGGUGUGAUUCGUGUGAGUGUGUGUGUGUGUGUGUGUCAAACUCAGUGUAACAUGUUGCCUUUAACCAAGCUGUUGUGAACAGAGAGCGAGAGAGAAGAGAAAAAUCAAUGUGCCAAUGUUGCUGCAAAUACUGGCAACAGUUCCAACCACCAGCCACUGGAUUUAGAAAUAAAGGCUCUCUUGGUCCUCCAUGUUGCCUUAGAAAUACUGCACAAUAAGGAAGAAUGUAGGUCUGUAGAGAUAAUAGACUGUGUCCUUGCCCAGAUUUCAGAGCAGGUGAAGGUGACGAGUCGUUGAUUGUGCCAUUUGCAGGAAUGUCCUUGCACUGUCAGAUUUUCUGACGGCAUUUAAAUAAAAUGGAAUUACAAUUUUU